CUGUCUAUGGGUUUACUUUCUUUCGUGAUAAGCGGGAGGGGGAGGGAUUUACCGCGUACAAAGGCCUGUGUGCCGCUCUAAAAUUUCCGUCUGGAAACCACCUCCUUCCAUGUAAUCGCUGGCUGCCAUUCGUCCAAGCAGAGCCAGCCGGUGCGAUCGUGGCACAGGCGGAGUGGAGCAAGCGACUUCUGUAUGUAAAUUAACAUUUCAAACGCGAUAUUGUAGCAAACACUCCGCAACUGAUGUCUCAAUUUUUACGAGGAAACUGAUGCUAGCGAGAAAUAAUAGUUGGUUUUGCUAUCGUUUUAUAUCGUGCUGUUUCUUACUACGAGAGUGCCUCACCACCUCCACCUCUUGACCAUGCUGAGUGUGUGUACAGUCGUCCUGGUGGUUACUGCUGCAGCCCUCUCCUCUGCAGACUCCGAUACGCACAGACACGACUCCAACCUGGAGAUCUACAAGCGUCUGUUCGAGACCAAGAGGAAAGACCAGCUAAAUGCUCUGAAGAACCUGGUGGAGCUCAAUGACAUCAACCAGCAGUAUAAGAUCAUAGACAUCAUGCUGAAGGGCUUGUUUAAGGUGUUGGAGGACUCGAAGGCCGUCCUUAUUGCAGCCAACAUGCAGGCUGAUGAUCCCUUCCCCAUGGAUGACAAAAUCAAAGAAGCCUACUCCCAUGUGGUGGAGAACACGGCGUUCUUUGGGGACGUUGCGUUGCGUUUCCCACGUAUUGUCCACCACUACUACGACCGUAACCCAGACUGGGGCGUCCUUCUGCGAUGGGGGCUCCGCUUCUGCAACCUCACUGGGGUGUUCACCGGGGGGGCACACCAGCAUGUUCUCUCACUGAUGUCGCAGGAGUUGGGAAUAAUAGAGAAAUCCCCAGACUUCACCAACCCAUACCGCACUGAGAGAGACGACGUGCUUCACACUGCAGAGGCUUUUCAGAAGAUCCUGAGGGAGGAGGAGAAGAGGAGGAGGAAAGAGGACAAGAGGAAAGAGAUUAGGAAGGGGCCCCGCAUCUCCCGCUCCCGUACUGAGCUAUAGUACUUUACCUCAACUCUUGGAGAGAAAUGAUGAGGAGAAGGAAAAUGUAGGGGGAUGUCCUGAGUCCUAGAUUCAGUGAUGGAGAGGUUGGGUCUUGGAACCGGUGAGUUCUGUCGAAGGGAUAAAGUGGCAGCAGAAAAUUUGAGGGAACUAGAAGUGUUUAUGUGGCACAGGAACAAACUGGAGAGAAGGAAAGGAGGUUGAGCUCUGUCUGUGGAAUCUGACUUACUGUAUACAGAACUGUGUCCAAUCUGCAGUUAUUAUGAAACAAAGGAAAUACAGCUACCACAUAUUUAAGAAGAUUUAAUAAGGAAAGAUCAUUUUCAUAAAUAGAUUACAUAACUGUACUUUGGAAGAAACAGCGAAUACCCAAUAUGUUAUCUUUUUUUGUGAAUAGAUUGAAUACAAUUUACUAGCAUACAAUUGUUUUGAUGAUGGCAUUUGUACGUAUGAGUUUACAUUCCCAUUCAACAAGCUUCAAAAUAUAAAGCUUGAAUAUGUUGAAUUCUGUUUUGUGUUGAAGUUUUCCUGUCGCCUUCUCCAGAGUCAGCAGAUUUAUAUAAUGAGAUUUUAUGAGUUUGUUGUUGAAAGGUCCUACUGUAGGUGUAUCCUCUUAAUUUGAAGUACAAGUGUUGAUCGCAGAACCAUUUUUCAUGAUGUCUGCCGCUUGCUUUCCUAGAGCCGAAUGCUUUCUUAGCUCUGUCUGUGUGUGACUGUCCGCAUGAGUGUUAAAUGGGGUUUGGUCAUUUAUGAUUUUAAAUAAAACUAUUUUACAUAUUA